AUGAUCAAACCCAGCAAAGGACGCGAUAAAACCAGGAUCAAACCCAGUAAAGGACGCGAUAAAACCAGGAUCAAACCCAGCAAAGGACGCGAUAAAACCAGGAUCAAACCCAGUAAAGGACGCGAUAAAACCAGGAUCAAACCCAGCAAAGGACACGAUAACACCAGGAUCAAACCAAGAAAAGGACGCGAUAACACCAGGAUCAAACCAAGAAAAGGACGCAAUAAAACCGGGAUCAAACGCAGUAAAGGACGCGAUAAAACCAGGAUCAAACCCAGCAAAGGACGCGAUAAAACCAAGAUCAAACCCAGCAAAGGAUGCGAUAACACCAGUAUCAAACUCAGCAAAGGACGCGAUAAAACCAGGAUCAAACCCAGUAAAGGACGCGAUAAAACCAGGAUCAAACCCAGCAAAGGACGCGAUAAAACCAGGAUCAAACCCAGUAAAGGACGCGAUAAAACCAGGAUCAAACCCAGCAAAGGACGCGAUAAAACCAGGAUCAAACCCAGUAAAGGACGCGAUAAAACCAGGAUCAAACUCAGCAAAGGACACGAUAACACCAGGAUCAAACCAAGAAAAGGACGCGAUAACACCAGGAUCAAACCAAGAAAAGGACGCAAUAAAACCGGGAUCAAACGCAGUAAAGGACGCGAUAAAACCAGGAUCAAACCCAGCAAAGGACGCGAUAAAACCAAGAUCAAACCCAGCAAAGGAUGCGAUAACACCAGUAUCAAACUCAGCAAAGGACGCGAUAAAACCAGGAUCAAACCCAGUAAAGGACGCGAUAAAACCAGGAUCAAACCCAGCAAAGGACGCGAUAAAACCAGGAUCAAACCCAGUAAAGGACGCGAUAAAACCAGGAUCAAACCCAGCAAAGGACGCGAUAAAACCAGGAUCAAACCAGCAAAGGACGUGAUGAAAAUCUAG